GACUCCAAAAAUAAACCCAAGGGAGACAGAGAUCCGAGAGAAAGAGAGAAUGGUGUUCUUCUGCUUCUUGGUGGACCAGAGGAGGACAUUGGAGAGCAGCAAGCCAGCCGCAGGGCUCUGCUCGAGAUGCAAUGCCGGUGCGCGGGUGGCCAACAUGAAAACUUCCACCAGAUUUUGCAGUGUUCCCUUUUAUUCAAGGAACUGGAAAGCCAUCGUCUGCUCCUUUUGUGGCACCAUCCUUAAGUCCUAUGCUUAAGCCGCCAUGAUCAUCACCACCAUCACCUGCCACCAUUUCUUCCUGCAUGUUAGUGAUCAAAAUGUUGGCGCUGCAUUUGUAGGCAGUGCCUUUGCUUAAGCAGUGUUAAUGGUGGGAUUUGGCAGCUCACACAGGCCAUAUGUCAGUGUGAUCCAGAAUUUGAGAUGUAUAGGUUGUUACUGUCGAUGAAGAAAUAAAGGCGUUCUUGUAAAACUGCUAGAAUGCCUAUUGUCAAUGCCUUGGAACCAUGAACACCCUUCUGUCUUAGCUUGUAGAUGUUGAUAAUUGAAAGAACUACUAUUUGUUUCCAUUUUCAAA